GGCCAUGGGACCGGUUUGCGCCGGGGCUGUGUGCAGCAUCGCCGGAGGUGUCCGCUUCCACCAGCCCGGGGGCUGCGUCCUCCUGGCUGCCACCGUCCUGCGUGCCCUCAAGUCGCUGCAGCAGAGCCUGCUGCUGCAGGAGGGCCGCCUGGACGCCGUGUCCCUGCUGUGCCUCACCGCCCUGCCCAGCUUCUGCCUGCUCUUUGGGGCAGCCGUGGCACUGGAGGUGGCCCCGGCGUGGCAGGGCGUGCUGCGCUACGACGGCUCGCUUUGGGGCUGCGUGCUGCUCAGCUGCCUGGGCUCCGUCCUCUACAACCUGGCCAGCUUCUGCGUCCUGUCCCUCACCUCCGCCCUCACCAUCCAUCUCCUGGGCAACAUCACGGUGGUGGGCAACCUGCUGCUCUCCCGCCUGCUCUUCGGCAGCCGCCUGAGCGCGCUCAGCUACCUGGGCAUCGCGCUGACGCUGGCUGGGAUGUUCAUGUACCAGCAGCCACAGCUCAUUGCACGGCGCUGGGCCGUGUGGCUGCAGCACCGACCCCCCAGGCACCAGUAGGGAUGGAGGUGGUGGGAUUUGAGUGUGGCACAGCUCUGCGUGAGCUGGUGUGCAAGGCUCUGAUUGCACGUCUGCGUGCUGCUGUGCUUGGCACCGAGAGCACAGGACUGUGCUGAUUUGCACAGCUCUGCGUGCACUGGCGUGUGCGUGGCACUGUGUGCACAACGUAUGCUGGAGUGCAUCUGUGUGCUUGGCAGUGCGUGCACAAAACUGUGCUGAUUUGCACAGCUCUGCGUGCACUGCUGUGCGUGGCACUGUGUGCACACGUACGUGCUGGGGUGCACAGCACUGUGUGUGUGCUGUGUGCGUGUGCAGGUGUGCAAGGCAGCGCGUCCAUGUGUGAGUGCUGGUGUGUGUGGCACUGUUUGCACACGUGUAUGCUGAUGUGCGUGGCACUGUGCCCGCUGGUGUGUGUGGCAACAUGCACAUGUGUGUGCUGGUGUGCACAGCCCCUCUGUGCACAUCUGUGCUGGUGUGCAUGGCACGAUAUGCCCACAAGUAUGCUGGUGUGCACAGCUUUGUGUCCUCAUGCGGGUGCUGGUGUGCAUAGCAAUGUAUGGACGUGCAUGUUUGGUGUGCGCACUGUGCAUGCACAUAUGUUGGUCCACGUGGCCAUGUGCAUGGUCUGUAUGUGCGUGUUCUGGACAUGCAAGUGUUUGUGUGCACAGCUCUGUGUAUGGGGCACACGUGUGCUGCAUGCUCUGCAGGUGUGAGUGUAUCUAUGCACGUGGCAGUGUGUGCAAGGAGUGUGUGAGUGCUGGGGGGUGAAGGUUCCACGUGUGCAAGCAGGUCUCAUACAUGUGGGCACGUGUGCUGCUGGGCAGUCUAUGCGUGUGGGGUGUGUGUGCAGAGCAUUUUGUGCAGGUGUGUGCUGGUGUGCACAGACUGUGUGUGCAAGUGGUGCUCCAUGCACAGCUUUGUGCAUGGGAGCAUAAGCCUGUCAGUGCGUGCACAAGUGUCUGUGCACAAGUGUGUGUGCAGAUCCUUACAGGUGGGGAUGUGUGCACACGCUGCUGCACACAGGCUCAGUGUGUGCACAGAUUCUGUGUGUGCCAGUGCAUUUCCGUGUGUGUGCACAUGUGCACAUCACUACUGAGCUCUGCUGGGUGGAGUGAGCCUGGUGCAUUGUGCACACAGCUCGUGCCCCCAUGGCACAGAGGGCGUUGGACCCUCGGGGUGCUGUGUGCCACCUCAAUGCUGGUGUCCCAGUGAUGUCACCCUCCUGCUGUUGGUGAUGGCACGGUGGGCAUGUUGGACACUGCACACCCACGUGUAUUCCUCAGGAGGUGCAGUGGCACUGGGACAGCUCUGAAAUAAAGCUCUAUUUUUGUCAUACUCCA